GGCAGGCGGAGCCGGGGAAGGCAGCGCAGCAGGCAGGCAGGCAGGCGGCCUCCCUCGGACGGGCGCCGGCGGAGCGCGCCACUCUCGGUCCUUCCCUGGCGCGGCGGGCGCAGCUGGCUCGGUGAUGGCGGUGACGCGGAAGCUGGGGAUCCGCCUGGCCUACUCGGCGGCCGGGAGUGUGUCGGGGCUGUCGGUCUUCCUGGUGUGGAACCUGGCGCCGAGCCUGCGGCAGACUUACACCGCCGCCGCCGGAGGGCUCUCCGGGGUGCUGGCGCUCUGGACCCUGAUCACACAUGUGAUGUACGUGCAGGAUUACUGGAGGACGUGGCUGAAAGGCUUGAGGUUCUUCCUCUUUGUCGGCAUUCUCUUUGGUAUCAUCUCUCUGGUGGGCUUCUGCACAUUCCUGGCCUUGGCCAUCUCACAGCAUCAGUCCCUGAAAGACCCAAAGAGCUACUACCUGUCCUGUGUCUGGAGCUUCAUCUCCUGGAAGUGGGCCUUCCUCCUCAGCUUGUACUCUCACCGGUACAGGAAUGAGUUUGCAGACAUCAGCAUUCUCAGUGACUUCUAAUAAAGACCUGGACUUUUAAACUCCAGCAAGGAGAGGAGGCACAUGGAAGGAUGGGAGGUUGCCCCCUCUGGACAGACCCUUGGAGGAAGGUGCUGGCAAGGAGGAACGACCCCUAGGAGGCCAAGAGCAGGAGCCUGCGUCCACCUCUGCUUUCCCUCCCUCUGCUGGCUUCCGUAGGCACUCUCCCUUAUUCCGUUUAGCCUGUCGCUCUGGCUUGCUCCAUCAGUCUCGUGCGUAUGUGUGUGUUUUUAACUUUCACCAGCUUUUCGUCUCAGCUUGGAGGGAUGGUUCAAGGUCCACAGCAACACCCAAGGUUCUGGUCCCAGUCCUCCUGGGCCCAAUACAUUUCCCUCUUGUACUUUGGAGUGGUGGGGAACAACAUGAAGGCUGAAGAUAUUGGCAGAGCCACCAUCGCCACCCGUAGCCAUUGUCUUGUUGCCGCCUGCUGGGUGUGUGAUGAAGGCCCAAGGAGGUGAAGAAAGCAAGGGCCGGCUUGGACUCCUUUCACAGAGAGAUGUAUUUUCAUAAGCGCAAGGCACAAAUCCAUUUUAAAUGAAAACUAUUUUGAACAGAAGCCCUGACCCCAUUGUCGUCUUGCCAUUGCUCAUGGCUUUGGAGGCAGACAGAACGUGGGGAGUUUUGUGCCCAAAAUAGUCCCCCUACCCCAGUUCUUCUCCUGGCUCCUUUUAAAUUGUUGGGUUUGAUGUCUCAGAGUGAGAUUUAGACCAGGGAUGGGAAAUAGGGAUGGGUGCUUCAGCUCCAACUCCCAACUGCCUCAGCCAGCAUGGCCAAUGGGCAGGGAUGCUGGGAGUUGUAGUCCAGAAGCCAAAAGUAACAGAAACAAAUAGACCGUGAAAUUCCCUGAAACGAGAGGUAAUUGGAUAAAAUAAAAAUAUUUAAGGAGCUAAGGAUAUCAGAAAACUAAUAGUAACGACUGAUAUAGAAAUAACUAAAGAAAAUAAUCAAAGCCUUAUUAGUUUUCUGAUAUCCUUAGCUCCUUAAAUAUUUUUAUUUUAUCCGAUUGCCGCUCGUUUCAGGGAAUUUCACGGUAUAUUUGUUUCUGUUACAUUUGGCUUCUAUUUACGUAUGUUGCCAUGACUGUCUUUCCUGCUAAUGGGAGUUGUAGUCCAGCAACAAUUCCCCAUACCUGGUUCAGGUGAAGCUAUGUGCCUGUGCUGACACUGUCCCUGCUGUUGAGGGUUAGCCCUAUGGAAUUCGGAAGGGACAUAAAACACCCUUCAAAUCCCACAGCUUUAAGGGUCAGCUGCUAAUGUCUUCCUUGUAUCCACUGUCUAAAACUGUUGCAUUAUAAAGCAGAAACAGAGCAUUUAUUUAGACACUAAUGCUCCAGUCAGCUCUGAGUGUGCCAUCUGUCUCACACGUGUUUGAACCAAAAUAUGUAAUUAGCCACUGGGUUCCUGCACGUGGGGGUGAGUGGAUGGGUCAGUGGAAGAAGAGGUUUCAUGCCUGAGGAUUGGGGGUGGCUGGGGUACCCCUGUGCCCCUUCGCCCCAAAAAGCUCUUGGACUCCAGCUCCCAUCGGCCCCAGCCAGCAUGGGGUCAGGAAUGAUGGGAGUUGGAGUCUAGCGGUGACUGGGGGGCCAUUGAAACCUUCCCCUCCAUCAAUUGAAAAUGGACUUCAGCUAAGGAAUUCCAAGAUAGCCACUGGUGGCAUUAAAUAGCAUCACAUCUGCAUUUUAUCAUUGUAACACUUAACCUUUUAAGAUCAAGCCUGGCCGGGAGCAGAGCUGGCUCUAUGCAAUGGGUGUGAUCUUGUAAGAAGGAAUGGGUUCUCGGAAUCUCUCUGCGUCACUUGGAUCUGAAUCUUUGCAUCUGAACACUUGUGAGGGUUUGCCACUGCACUCUUAACCUAGAGCUGUUUGCUACUACUGGAUUCUGUGGCGCCAUUUCUCUUCUCCACCCACCGGCUCACACCUUUUCCCUUUGCAUUGCUGAUCUCUCUGUUGGGCACAGAGGGCUUGCUGAGUGCUUCCCAUCUCUUCUCAAACAGAGAGCUGUAACCCUCGGCUUGUAUCUGGUAACCUGGGUCUCAUCCAAACUUGGGCUGAUGGGCGCACUGCCCAGAUUUCUUAACAUAACCUUGAACUUGACAAUGUGGCUAAGGGAUGGAUCCACUCUUUAUAAACUUUUUACAUCCUUAUACCCUGAGUGUGUGGACCCUGCACACUUGGUGGUCCCCAGGUAUCUAAGUGGUGGCUGGCCCUCGUUUCUCAGUUUGCCUGGAAGCAACUUGAUGAGAACCGUGUGUCCCCUUUGGAGAUGCAAGAGUUGUUCACCCACUGAAUGUGAGGUUAUCGCAGCUCUAAAUCUGGGCCUAUGAAAGAAUGCUAAGCAAUUCCCAUGAGACAUGCCUGGAGACCCAAGGAAGACAGAUGCAGCAACUCUUCCCACCUUUCAGUGAAUUCUGGAUUCUUCAUGCGCCCUCCUGCACUUUGUAAUAGCUUCAUUGUUUUGGAAAUGGGUGUCUCAACAGCCUCAGAAGUAGAUCUUAAGAGAUUGGCAGGUUAAUGCAGGCACAGCUAUUUUUAAAGGUAACUCAGACCCAAACCAUCAAUUCAAAUUGAUGGGGAUGAGUUCUAAAGUCCUAAAUGGUUUGGGUCUGUGUUGUUGUUUAGUCGUUUAGUCGUGUUCGACUCUCCAUGGGGUCACGAAGAGUCGGACAUGACUAAACAACAACACAGACCCAAACCAUUUAGGACCUUAGAACUCAUCCCCAUCAAUUUGAAUUGGGCCUAGAAGCAAGCGGUGCAGCUAGCAAGUAGAAGUGUGAUGGUCCAACUUCCUGCCCACAACCAGGAGCUGGUGAGUGGCAUUCUUUGCCAGCUUUACGUUGCUGAACCAUCUCCAAUGGCAGCCCCAUGUAGAGCACGUGGUGAUGUCCACUGAUUGUUCCUGAAAACAAGAAACUUUGAGAAGCACAGAAGAAACUUUGUGGCUUUCAUGUGGGAAGGACUGCCUAUUGUUAUCUAUUUGCAAAGCAGGAGAGGCCAAAGCGCAGUUCCUGUUGCCUCAUGGCCCAUUUAAUGGGAUGAGGGGCAAGCAGGGAAGACGAGAGCGCGGGUGACUAGCUAAAGAGGACUUGGCCACUAUGGUGAAAAACAAUCUGCUACUCCAGCAGGGGAAGUCAGUGGUCCAUCUGUAGUGCAUACAGGUGUAGGCAGGCAACAGGGCGUUCUCCAGAUGCUGGACUCCAGCUCACAUCAGCUGCAGCCAGCAUGGGCACUGGCCAGGCAUGAUGGGAACUGGAGUCCAACAGCAUCUGGAGGGCUUGAAGUUGGCCAUCCCUACCUUCUAUCCUUUGCUCUCCCUGGAAACUUUGGCCCUCAGCUCAGUAGGGAAUGGGACCUUGAGAUGUUGCUCUGCUUUUGCAGUACAAUGUAUAGGCUGCUUUCUGUUCCCCUGCUUCAGCCCUUGAAAAUAACUUUUACCAGCGUGUGUUUUGUUCUCCCCUCUGUGUGUGUGUGCGCGCGAUAUUGGGGAGUCAGUGCACAAACGGCUUGCCUGGGAGAAGGCUGUCCACAUGCCACUUUUGUUAUAAAUAAAGGGGGGGGGAACAGUACAA